AUGGAAGAAGAGAGGCUAGCCCUGGAUAACAACUACUCCAGACUUGGUGGAGGCUCAAUCAUGGCUAUGAAGCUAGUCUCGGUUAUCCGUUUGUCUGGCUACCAUUCAUCUGUGACAGAUAUCUUCCGCAAUAUGCAGCUGCGCGACCUACAAAGGCAAGAUGUUGAGGCCACUGUCUCUGCACCUCGAAGCGCCGUUCAGUACAAUAUGCUGUAUAUGAACAAGGAAAUUGAUGUCGACUCAUUGGUGACUUGCUUCAACAAGCUUGUUGCAAGGCACCAUAUUCUAAGAACAAUCUUUGUCCGGGAUUCCGGCCACAUGCUACAGAUAGUACUGGAGAGACUUUUUCUAUCUGACUUUGAACGCUUCACCGAUGAGCCCGUGAGCCAAUGCUGCAAAUAUCUUGCUAAGGACGAUAUCAAGAUUGAUCCAUAUUUUGAGUUUGGGAAGACAUCUCUUGGGCUAUUUGUGGUUCAUGGGGCCAAAGAGAACGGCUUCAUGAUUCACAUCUCACAUGCCCAGUAUGAUGGAAUCUCCUUCCCAGGUAUUCCCCGCCAGCUAGAGAUGCAAUACUAA